ACAACAUGUAUUUAAGACCUUCGGAGAUAUUUUAUUCACAAGAUUCGAUUAACAAUGUUUUUGACAAGAAGUGUAAUCAUCGAUACAAACCAAUUGGUGAAACAUUGGAUGAAAUAUGUGAAGGAAGAUGCUCAGUGGAAAAUGUUCCAACAAUGUCUGUGGUAGAAAAAAACGGGAAAUGGGUAACUGCAGAUAAUAGGCGCCUUUGGGUUUCCAAACAACUUGAGAGACUCGGGAAAUGCGAGAAGAUUCGUGUGCAGAAAGGAUAUUAUAUUCCGGCCAGAAAACUUACAUCAUACAAUGGGGGAGUGUCAGUGCGUGUGCGAGGGUUUCCGGGUGGUAAUUGGCAUCUUAAAUCGAGCGUGAUAAAAGAUUCGAAUAAUAUCAAUAUUCCAAAAGACACAGAUUAUAGAGAAACACAUGUUUUCGAGAAAGUUGACAACAAUAUUUCUAAUAUUUUUUCAAGUAAUAGGGAGUCAUGCGAACUUGGCAGCCAGUUCAGUCGAGCUUCCAGCUCACACUGUGGCCAACAUGAUUAUUACGACACAAAUACUGGGGCGAGUCCUUAUGAAAAUAGUAUGAAUGUCAAUAACCUGUCUAAAGGAACGACGAGAACUUCUUAUAGUCCUGAUGCAAAGUUUUCAAAAGAUUCAACUACUACUCCAAUGUCACCAGAUGAUUCUAACCAGUUUGGAAUAAUCUCAAAUUUUAACCAAAUAUCGUUUGAUACAGUAAGAUCAUCUGGAUCCCAGUCAGAUUCAACGUCUAAUACAGGUAGAUCAUCUGGGUCGCAGUCAAGACCAACGUCUAAUACAGGUAGAUCAUCUGGGUCGCAGUCAGGACCAACGUCUUAUACAGGUAGAUCAUCUGUGUCGCAGUCAAGACCAACGUCUUAUACAGGUAGAUCAUCUGUGUCGCAGUCAAGACCAACGUCUUAUACAGGUAGAUCAUCUGUGUCGCAGUCAAGACCAACGUCUUAUUCAGAAACACCUGCAACACCGGUAACGCAGACAAGAUCUGGUCGUAAUGUACGAAUGCCAUUGAAGUAUAAGGACUAUCAUUUAACUGAUAAACGAUGAAUUCUUAAUAUUAACACGUAUGCAAGUGUGAUUUGUUACUGACUUUGUCAAUGUUAAUUUAGAAAUUGUUUAACAAAGAAACAAGUGAUGACUUUAACUUUAAUCAUAAAUACUUAUUUAAUUAAGCUAUUCAGUUCAGUUUUAUCUUCUUUUCCGUAAAAGAGAAAAGAUGUAACAGUAUUUGAUAACCUUCCCAUGAUGCUUUGUAUGUCGUACGUAAUACAUGUAUAUUGCGCAUGCGAUGUUGAGUCAGUUUAGUGUAUGCGAGCGGCUUGAGUAAACCUAUUUUCAUAUA